AGGACCCAGGAGCGGCUGGGGGGCGGCUCUGGGGGGAGGAUCGCGGGGCUCAGGCCCGGCCGCAGGAAGUGACUCGCAGCCGCUGCGGGGACUCUGGCUCCCGGCGAGAUCCCCGCGCCCCGGCGGCUGGUGCUGGGAGCCCGGAGCCCGGGCUGCAGCCGGGAGAGGGGAACCUCCAGCCGGGCCCUGCCCGCUGCUCCCCGGGAGCCUCUCCCAGGGCAGAGCCCCCAGCCCGGCCAGGGCCCCUUCCCGGCCCGGCCCCUGCCCCGGGGGGCCCCGCUCGGAGGGAAGGCUGAGGAAUCACGUUCACGUUUCACUCCAGAUCGUCCUGUUUUCCAGGGGACAGAGAAGGGAAAUGGCUGUGAUGGAGCCAGCUCAGAUGCCGGUGACCUUCGAGGAGGUGGCUGUGUAUUUCACCGAGGGGCAGGGGGCUCUGCUGGACCCCGCUCAGAAAGCCCUCUACAGGGACGUCAUGCAGGAGAACUAUGUGAUGGUGACCUCGCUGGGAUUCCCCAUUCCCACACCUGACCUCAUCGCCCGGCUGGAACGAGGGGAAAAGCCGUGGGUCCCGGAUCUCCAGGCCGCCGAGGAAAGGGAGAGCUUGAGAGGCACCUGCACAGCAGGUGAGAGGACAGUGAGUGAGAACAAGGAGGAGACUCAGCAGCAGGAAGGUCCUGGGAAAGCGGAACCGCAGGAGAGGUUUUUGAGAAGAGCUGAAGGGAAUUUUUCCCAGUGCUUGGAGCAGGGAAAUGUCUGGGGAGAUCGACACAGAUCAGAGAUGCAGCUGGGAAACUAUCCUGGGAAGAAACUGGAUGAAUCCACUGAAUGUGGCGGAGGAUGCAAGGAUCCCAAGGAAACCACAGCGCAGCAGACAAGUCACAAUGAAGAGAAACCCUACAAAUGCCUCGACUGUGGGAAAAGAUUCCGUUUCAGUGCAAACCUUCUUACACAUUGGAGAACCCACACAGGAGAGAAGCCCUAUGAAUGCUUGGACUGUGGGAAAAGCUUCCGUGAGAAGUCAAACUUUAUCACACACCAGAGACUGCACACAGGAGAGAAACCCUAUAAAUGCCUUGAAUGUGGCAAAAGUUUUAGUCAGAGCUCAAAUCUUAUUGCACAUCAGAGAACCCACACAGGAGAAAGGCCCUAUGAAUGCCUUGAGUGUGGGAAAAGAUUUAGUCAGAGGUCACAGCUUAUGGCACAUCACAGAACCCACACAGGAGAGAAGCCCUAUAAAUGCUUCGACUGUGGGAAAAGUUUCAGUAGGAAGCUAUGUCUUAUUGUGCACCAGAGACUGCAUACAGGAGAGAAACCCCAUAAAUGCCUUGAGUGUGGGAAAAGUUUUAGUCAGAGAUCACAUCUUAUGUCACAUCACAGAACCCACACAGGAGAGAAGCCCUAUAAAUGCGUAGACUGUGGGAAAAGCUUCAGUUGGAAGCCAUGCCUUAUUAUACACCAGAGACUGCACACGGGAGAGAAGCCCUAUACAUGCCUUGAGUGUGGGAAAAGUUUCAGCAAAAGUUCAUCCCUUACUAAACAUGGAAGAAUUCACACAGGAGAAAGACCCUAUAAAUGCCUUGAGUGUGGGAAAAGUUUCAGUGUGAAAUCAACCCUUAAUACACAUCAGAAAACCCACACAGGAGAGAAACCCCAUACAUGCUUGGAGUGUGGGAAAAGCUUCAUUCAGAAGUCAAAACUUAGCGUACACCAGAGAGUACACACACGAGAGAGACCGUAUUAAUGCCUUGACUGUGGGAAAACUUUCAUUAAGCGCUCACACCUUACUAAGCGUCAGAGAAUUCACAUAAGCGAGAAACCCUAUAACUGCCUCGAGUGCGGGAAAAGUUUCAUUGACAGAAGAAAACGUACUCAUCAGAGAAUCGACACAGGAGAGAGACCCCAUGAAUACUCGGACUGUGCAAACACAUCAGGAAUUCGUGCUGUUACUACUGCCUGCAGCGAUAGGACUCGCAGUAUUUUUCUUUCUCCGUGGGACAGUGAAUUAUGAAGCUGGAGAGCCAGAACCGUUACGUGUCACUGACCUCCUAAGAGCGCAGGGCAGACUGGAAGCCCAGGGGAAAAUGACUGAGCAGCUGAGAGCCUGCAUGGACCCCGCCCCGCAGGAAUUCACAAGAGAACCCCGAAGCAUACAGGACAUCGCCCAGAUGUUGAUCCAGUGCAGAGGACCAAUUUGGAAUUUGAAUCCAGAGACGGGAAACAUGAGCUCUGCAUAUAUUACCGCAACAGGGAACCCUGGUACUACAUGAAAGAGCCAACCAUGGACGUGUGUCUUGCCCGGCUGUGCUCCCACCCAGAACUGCUGAGUAUCGAGAACCUGCUAAAGGUGGACAACCAACCGGAGGCUGGAGGGAAGAUGACUGAGGUGCUGAGACAAUGCUUCAAACUCACCCUGGAGAAAUUCUCCAAGGAGCCAGUGUGCUUGCAGAACGACGCCCGGCUGGUGAUCAGCACAGUGGGAAUGAGGAUGGUCUUUCCCCCUGGAAAAGGGGAGAAUGAAAUCAACGUGUAUCCUGACAACAUGGGGCUUGUUCAGUACGUGGUCAAAGUCCCGGGAUGGUGGACCUGGAUAGCCAGGACUAUGGUGACCAUAGCUCUUGUUACAAUCCCAGUCUUCAUUUGUCAAAUGAUGAUCUAUUAGAAGACUAGGCAACAUCAUUAAAAACCACUUAGCUUUAGAAAACUCCCACCAAACACAGGGUCCUCUAUUCAGUAUUGCCAACUCUUAUAAUUCAAAGUACAAAGUAAUUUUCUAGCUGUUACGGUAGCUGAGAGAGCCAUGGGAAUGAGACCACUAGAGGCUCAAUACUUAGAAAGGGAAUAAACAGAAUCCAGCACAAAUACAAAACGGGGAAUAACUAGCUAGGGGGAAGUAUUUUGGAAAAGGAUCCAGGGAUUAUAGUGGUUAGAACAGGGGAACUUUUGAAAACUGCCUCCGAUCCAUUCCCAAAUCCCAGAGAACAUUCUGAGUAUGGAAGGGUGGGACCCUGUUGAUUCUGGUGAAAAUUGGAGAACUGGAAAAGCCUGGAUUUCUACCAGAAUGAGGCCCACGGCACGCCCCACUGGCGGUGCCGGAUGAAGGUCUCUGGCACCUUCUGCUGCUAUCAGCACAAGUCGCUCACUCGAUUUUGUGACCUUUGGGUGGGCUAGAUCAGUGAGUUUUCAACUUUUUUUUUAUUUGCAGACCCCUAAAAAAUCCAAAUGGAAGUGCAGACCCCUGUGGAAACCUUAGACCAGUGGUCCCCAACCUUUCUGCAAUAUGCUAUUCCCAGAAGACUCUGGAGGGCGCCGGACACCCCGCCGCUGCACUGCCAAGCACCGCCGCCAGAGAACCAGCUGCCGAAACGUCGCCUAGAAAUGGCAACGGCAUUUUGGCGGUGGGGUGUCCUGCAGGCACACACAAAUGGCCCAUUGGGCACCACGUUGGGGACCACUGCCUUAGACAAAGUCUGCGGGCCACAGGUUACUAUCGGGCUGUAGUUUACGCUGCCCUUCUCCUAGUCCCUAAAAAUGCCUCCCUUGGAAAAGCACCUGGGGACCUAGAAUUCAGUCACUGAGGCGUUUCAGCAAGGAUCACGUAGGGGUCGACCUCUACGCAUUCAAAUCCAGAGAAAGAACAAAAGGAACUUAAUUCUUAAGUACCAACUUUAUGAAGUCUUGUAAUGAUAAAGAAACAUAAUAACUUAAUUUCUACAACAUAACGAGGCCACUGUAUAAUCCACCUACAUUAUCGUCACCAUUCUACAUGAACUUAAAUAAAGAAAACAAAUUGACUCUAGACAGGUCAGUCCCCACGGAAACGCAGCAACAAGAAACUCAGGGUUCCCAAACCUGAGGUGGAGUUUACCUGAAUCUCCAUCUUUGCUCACCAAAAUCUAUAUGCUUGGCUGCAUCAAAAGCAAGGCAACAACAUCUUCCCUCUUCUUGCUUGUCGAAACUUCCAGCUGGAAUCCAGACAGAUUCUUCCGCAUCCUCUGCGGAAAUCAGUUCGCUGGUCAGCUAAUUAAUUAACCCACUGUGCAGUUUAAGUAGAUAGAUUCAAAAAGCCUUGUUACUAGAAAAAUACAAAGCUGAGACCAGCGAAAUAUUGACGACUCUUUCCCCAUCACACUGAACUAAGAGAUGAGUUGGUGACUCAAACUGGUUCAGAUGAUUUUGCUAACGGAGUUUGCUAUUGCACAACAUUCAAAGCAUAAAAUGAAAAUAAGAGAAAUGAAUUUUCCCUCCCAAUUACCCCUUUCUGUAACAAACACCGCCGGGGAUUCCUUAGCAGAGAGUUAAUACUUGCACUAACCUGCUGCAAAAUGCUUCAGAGCCAGGGGGAAAGCCCAGCCUGCUUUCUCCCCCUGUGACUCGGUUUCUCCCAACCCAGCCAGGGCACAUGGCCUUUUGCAAAGCAGCUGCCCUGACGAUCCCCCUCCCCCACAGCAGACUCUGACUCUGGCUACAAGGACCCCAAAUGACCACCCCCGAUUCUAGCCACAUCUGGGUGUCAAGAGGCUAAUUGUGAAUCUGCCUCACAACAGUAACCCUAACACAACUUCUCCCACUCCCCGCCCCAUAGAUCUCUCCCUCUUAGGCGCCCACCUAUAACCAAGCUCCCGCAAGCUGAUCACCUGGUCCACCCCACUCUGGGCAAGCCCACCACCUCCAAUCCAGGUCCCUCGCUGCCUCCCCCCCCGCUGCCAAGUUCCCAUCCCCCCACUCCACCUGCCCCCCAAUUCAGGCCCCUCUCCACCCUACAGCCAAGCCCCUCAGCCAGUCUCCUCCCCCUAAUUCUGGCCAACCCAGCCAGACCCCAUACCCCAUCCCCACUCCAGCCAAACUUCCCUCCCCACCCCAGCCAGGCCCAUCUGCCCCCCACUUUGGCCAAGCCCCCAACCAGACCCAAAUAAGGCCCCCAAAUAGGAGAAACUCAUGCUGUCUCCUUCUGGGCCCGGGUGAGAAUUUUCAGCUCCUAAUUUUGUAUAAAACAGUAAUGAUAAUGAGCUGCCCGGCCCUGCGCCUCACUUCCCUGGGGUCUCACAGACCCGGUUCCUCCUUGGCCAGGUCAUCAUCGUGCCGGGCUGCUCAGAGGCCUGGUUGCUGUGGUGCCGAGAUCAGUUGAUAACUGGGGUGUUUAACACACACCUGCCCGUGCAAAUCCCUUCUCAGAAGCUGAGGGGACCCUGGGUGGGGACCUAUUAAAAGGAGCGGAGCAGAGGAGACAGGAAGCCUGCGGUGAGGGCCCCUUGCUUCUUCUGAGCACCUCCUACCACCGUAUCCUCCAUCAGCAUCUCUAGCCCAGCCUCUGAGCUUCAUCCUCAGUGCCCGGCUGAGCUCUUGAAUGAUCCCAGCUCUGUGGUGGAGCAGCAUCCCUGGGGCUUCCUCACUGGCAAGCCUUGGCUGACCCCAGCUCUCCCACUGAGCCACUGCUUCAGUUCAGCCCUAUUUUGGGGGUGUGCAAGUCCAACCUAAGCUGAUCCUCUUCCAGAUCUUCAGCUCCUUCUCUGAGCUCAUUUAAACUCCCCUUCUCAUCCAGCAGCUGGUAUGGGGGGGACCCGGGCCCGGCCAGUACUCUGGGUCCCAACCUGGAGACCCUACAAACAGCCACCACCCACUGUGUCCCUUUUAACUCUUGUUGCUGCUGCUCCUGUUCUCUAGGCACUUCCCUGUGGUCCCAGCACCUUCACCCUUAGCUCAGGACUGAAGUCCUGCUUGAAUCCCUGCAGACAUCCAAGGGCUCCCUUGCUCCUCUGGCUUUGGCCAGCAACUGAAACUGCCCUCACUAGCAUGCUGCUCCUUUUAUAUGAGCCUGCUGGAUUCUGAUUGGCUGCUUCCUGCAUCCUCUCUCUGAUUAGCUGCUUCCGCGCAGCCACUCUAGGUGGCCUGGAGGACUCAUUUCUACUGCUCUUUUCCUGACAUGGACGUGCGGUAGGACCUCCAAACCUAAUACACCCGGUCAGAAAGCCCUUGUAGUUUUUUCGCUAUUAACAAAAAGCAAGAAAGGGCAUGCCCCUGAUUUAUUUUCUUUCUUUGAUUGCCAAAUUUUAACCAUGAAUCUUCAAAAUCUGGAAUACCAUAAGGGCAACCCACUCUCCAUCCCAUGCUCUUAAGAAGUGAAAGUCUUGAAAGCUCUUAUCUGUAGCGAAUUAUAGCGGUUUUUAUUAAGCAAGUUGUUAUAAGUGCAGAAUAAUUUUAAAAAGUAAUAAUCUGAUGGGGAAAAAACGCUGGUAUCAUAUUUGUAGGACAACUUCAUUGUUAAAAUUCUACCAUCAUCAGUACAUGCCAUUGUUUCAAAGCUAGAUAAACAGUGGUGAAGUUGCAUAGGCAGCUAUAUAAGAUAACAUUUUCAAAAUCAACCACAUGCUUUUCAUUUCCUCGUAGCCCUCUGCAAACACCAAGCACAGCUUUACGAUAUUUAGCAGAUAAUCUAUUUCAAAGCCAAAUUGAUGUAAAUGUAUGUAAACAUGCCAUUACAAGGAUUUAAAUAAUAGGUAAAUGGGUGCAUAUACUCAAAGCUGCAAGCAAUUAUCUCUAAGAUUUUAUAAGUGCUAACAUGGCUUAAUUGUGUUUUCUUAACAUGAGUCAUUAAUAAGCAUCCAGCGGCCCAGAUGUUUCAUGUUAUGUUCCACCCUAAAAGCUGUCUUUGACUAAUUAAAGUGGGCUGUUAAAAUAAUCUUAAAACAGAUCUUGAAGAAUUUGCUCAGUAAUCAAUUUGUAAAACAUCCAGCCGCAGCUCUGUCUGUCUAUCCAACCAGCUCCAUCUUUCUACAUAUCACUAACUCCAUCCACGAGGUGGGAUGUUUGGUUGGCCUAAACUUGUUAUGGCAAGGUAAAAACUAUCGUCCUUUGACUUCACUAGGAUUUUACAUUGAGAUUGCUACCUGGGUGUAAAAACACACUUUUCUGUAGCGAAGGCUCGUAACAUGGGUUAAUUAACUUGGGUUAGUUUGACAUAAGUGAAUAACACACCUCUUUUUCCUAGUUGAAAAACGUUUAACUCACUUUAACAACUGAAAAUGUGUCAAUCUCAAAAUUUAUUUUUGGUUUUCAGGCAAAGGUGAUCAAAAAACAAAACACAACCUCCUGCCUCGCCCUCCGCCCCCCCCCCCCCCCCAGUUUGACAACUGAAAACUAAGAUGAUUGAACAUGAAAAAGGAAAUGGUUGUAGCGUGCAUUUCGAGUUUAGCUCUCUGUCCUCCCCUAGUGGUCAGACCACGUAAAGCUCCUUUACUAGCAGAUCUGGGUUCUUUAUUAUUUGGGAGGUGGGAUGGGUUGUUUGGGGUUUAUUUUGCUUAAAACAGCUGAAAAUUUUUGAACUGAAAAUGGCCAAAAAUGUCCAGCCAAAAAGUGCCAAAAAUGUGUGAUUCAAAACUACGCAAACUUUUAGUUUUCUGACAAAAAAAAUGAAAAUGUUCAAGCAAAGCAGACAUUUUUCAAAAUUUUCUUUUUGACAAAAAUCCAAUUUCCUAUUGGAAAAAGGUUUCAGUGAAAAUUUUGGACCAACCCGAAUAAUGGAUCUAAUUUUAGACCUGUCCUAUUUUAGAUAUAGAGGUCACAGUUUCAUUCUGCACUGCAUCAGACUGUGGUAACCAAAAACAAAUGGAAAAUGAAAACUGAGAGAAAGUUUGUGUGUGUGUGUGUGUUUAAAUUCAUGUACAAUUAAUUUCUUGAAAAUUUCUGAAAAAAUAAAAAUUUUGGGAAAAAAUC